AUGGUAGAGUAUUUACCAACUGCAGUUCGAUACAACGACCACCUCUCGAUCCGCAUUUUUCUUACUGUUUACGACAAGUAUGUUACCACCUGGGAGGUGCUGGACCUGAUAAUGACAAUCGACAUAUUAAGUUUUCUAUCCCGCUGGUUUGAGAAAUUUCCUGAUAGUUUUUGUAAGGACCCAGACAUGGCCGUCGUCAGGCGAUUAAUGACCUACGUGAAGCUCAAUGUGUCUUCUGAAGAAGUACAGGCCCGAGCCACGGAGCUGCUCUCAGUUCUGGAGGAGGAAGAGGCCAAAAAGCUAAAGCUUGAGAAAGCUUGUGCAACAACACCAGCAGAGCCCCCAGUGCAGGAUGCCUCAGUGAUGCAAGAGAGUCUGACUGUGAGGCCAGCUUCUAAGGCAGAUCCACAGGGAGACCUGCCACCCCAAAAGGACACUGUGCUCUUGGAAACACCACCUGUGGAACCAUUUGAGCCAGAAGCUAGUCCAGUGCAGCUUCCAAGCUCAGAUCCGUCUCUGCCCACAUCAGCUGAUACACAGUCACCUAUAGAUGUGUCUGCAGAUGCGUCUGUAGAUAUGGCCUCAGAUAUGGCCGCAGAUGUGUCUGCAGAUGUGUCUGCAGUUGUGUCUGCAGAUAUGGCUGCAGAUGUGUCUGCAGAUGUGGAUGCCAAUGUUUCAGCUUUCGAGCACCUAUUUCUACAUUCUGUUGUGCAAUUAGGUGAACCAGAAUGUUUUUUCCCUCUGCCUGAGGUGGAUAUAUAG